AUGACCCCUUCAACUAGCCGCAAUCGGCUGCUACGAACAGCUCUGUUGUCAGCUUCGCUAUUUACUUCUGCAUAUGCUCAAUCCGGCGACGGUGUAGGAAGCAGUAGUAGCACGGUUACUUGCACGACCGAGGAAGUGAAUCUGUUUCAAAACCCAUCAUUCGAGGAUGGGGAUAUGCUCGACUGGAAUUACGACGUUGAAGGUGAUUGGGAAGUCACGACAGGAGACGCCUCGGAUGGAAGUUACUAUUUCAAGGAUCUAGGCGUUGAAGGAGGCUGGAACUAUCUUUACCAACAGCUCACAGAUCUGGACGUUGACCAGACAUACACCCUAUCGGUCGACUACAAGUUCACAAUCCUAACCGGAUAUCAGAAUCUGCCCGAUGCCCCCUUCCACGAAUGUUUCAUUGCCUUCGCAGAGAAUACCUACAGCAAUUGGAUCGACAGCUACUCAGUAAUCUAUUCGGCCCAGAGCCCCUCCUGGACAACCUUCACCCGCUCAUGGCAGCCUUCUUCGGAUACCGCAGAUAUCUUCAUUGCCUUUUACUGUGAUCUUUCUGAGUUCAACUCGUUUUCUCUGGAUAAUGUACAAGCUCUGAACACUGUGUCGGUUUGCACAACUAGCACUCCUACUUCCAUUGCUACCCCCACUGCUACGCCCUCCAAGGUUGCUAGUUCCUCGGCUAUUGUCUCUUCAACUGCGAUUCCUAGCUCAAUGCCUGCGAGCUCUAUUAUUGUCAGCCCGAGCUCUUCCAAGCCUGCGGCCGCCAGUACACCUCCAACUGUGAACUCUAGCAAGCCAGUGGUCUCUUCCGCAAGCCCUGUUGCUAGCUCAGCCCGUCCUUUGAAGUCCUGUUCAGCCAAGAGUACUCCUGUUCCCUCGUCUUCUGCUAAGGUGACUCCUUCUGGCCGUCCUACAGCUCCUGUGCCUAUCUCUUCAGCACCUUGGAGCCGUCGUCCUAUCUCUUCAACUGUUAUUCCUUCCCGUCCUUCGAGCUCUGGAGUUCCUGGUUCCGGUCCUCACUCUGGACAUGGGUCUAAGCCUGAUCAUGGUUCCGAGCCUUCUGGUCCCCAUGGUGGCUCCGGCUCUAAGCCCGGUAGUGGUUCUGAACCUGGACACGGCUCUAAGCCCGGUCAUGGUUCUGAGCCCGGUCAUGGUUCUGAGCCCGGUCAUGGUUCUGAGCCCGGUCAUGGUUCUGAGCCCGGUCAUGGUUCUCAGCCUGGACAUGGAUCUGAGCCCGGUCACGGUUCUCAGCCUGGUCAUGGCUCUCAGCCUGGUUCUGGAAGUCAACCCGGUGCUGGCGUUACAGGCGUGCCGCCUCCCCAAGUUACUACUUCAACUAUUCUGUCCACUCGUACUAGCACCAUCACUGCGUGCCCCGAGACUGUGACGAACUGCCCAGUCCGCGACCGCACGACUUAUCUCACUACCGAGACCGUCGUUGUGGGAACUACAAUCUGCCCCAUCACUGCUGCUGCCGAACCUACCGGUGCUGUGUCUGCCGGCUCCCAGCCAGGUCACGGUGGAGGCAACGGCAACGGCAAUGGCUCUACCGAGGAGUUGACAACUUCCACUGUUUUCACUACUCGCACUUCAACUAUCACUGCCUGCCCCUCGUCCGUCAAGGAUUGCCCUGCCUCUGAGAAGUCAACCUAUGUUACUACAGAGACUAUUGUCGAUUAUACUACUAUCUGCCCGAUCACUGCUGCUGAGGCUACCCAGACCACAAGCGCCGGUGCUGCCUCAUACACCGGUGUUGGAUCUACUGGGGCUGCCACUACUGGCUCGGGCUCGGGCUCUGGCUCUGGCUCUGGCUCUGGAUCAACUGGUUCUGGAUCAACUGGUUCUGGAUCAACUGGUUCUGGAUCAACUGGUUCUGGAUCAACUGGUUCUGGAUCAACUGGUUCUGGAUCAACUGGUUCUGGAUCAACUGGUUCUGGAUCGACUGGCUCCGGCUCUACUGGCUCCGGCUCUACUGGAUCUGGCUCUACCGGAUCUGGCUCUGGAUCGACUGGUCCCGGAUCCGAGUAUCCAACCGGCAGCGAGAUCAUUCCAUCCACUGUACUUGCAACUCCCACUGGAUCCCCAGCUAUCGAGGAAGUCCUAACUGUCAUCAAUACUGGGGCUCCUACCGGUGGAGCAGGGGUUGGUGCCAUCGGUACUUCAGUUCCCCACGGUGGAUACCCUAUCAAGCCCAGUGCUUCUGGCUUUUCUACAAGCUCCUCCAUUCCUUACCAUAGAGGUCCUUCCGCGUCUGCUUCUCCUUCUGGCCCGGUGACGAGUACUAGUAGUACCGCUUCCGUUCCUGUCUACAACGGAGCUGCAUCUUCUGCUGUCUCCGUCGGUCUUUUGUUCGGCCUGUCGCUUUUCGUUAUUUCUCUUGUAUAUUAG